CUUCAACUAUCUUCAACUAUCUUCGACUCUUCCCAUCCACUACGUGGGGUAGCCAUGACGGGCUCGAUUCGCACACUGGCUGUGCAGUAUUUCCAGCUGGUUAAUCCGUCGAAUUUGGCACUACCGCCGGGCAAUGUUCUCGUUCAACCAAACGUGCAACAAGCACUGUACGAGCAUAUGUUCGACGAAACGCUCACCCCACUCCCACCAGCACCAUACCGUACAAGUGUCCUGAAGCAGAUUAUCACGCGAAUUGAAGGAGCAAUCACAGACCCAGAGGAAGAUGAAAUCCUCGAUAGUCUAAUGGAAAGCUGGGGCAACCUAGUAAUGCUACCCAAACCCUCCCCGCUCGAACAAGCCCAACAAAUAUCUUCAAUAAAAUAUACCGCCCCUUUACAACCCCAACCUUCAACCUCGCCCACCUCGCCCAUCUCCGAACGAACUAUCAACAUCCUCGAAUCCCGAGGCCUACUCCUCGCCAGCGGCACAACAGGAAACAGAACCUGGGAAGCAGCCCUCCACCUAGGUUCAUUCCUCUCCACACCAGCCGGAAAAGCCCUAGUCCACGAAAAAAAAAUCAUCGAGCUCGGCGCAGGAACAGGAUUCCUCUCUCUUUUCUGCGCGCGCUAUUUAGGCGUGAAGGGUGUUGUUGCUACAGAUCGCGAGCCAUUCCUUAUUGAGAAUAUGCGCGCGUGCGCGAAACUCAAUCACACGAAUGAAGAUGGCGAUAUACCCUUCUUCCCCGCUAUUUGGGACUGGGGAACACCACUCAAAAAGACAGAGGAAAUGAGUUCUAUGACGGGAGGCGGGGGGUUGCAAUUUGAUGUUGCGCUGGGAGCUGAUUUGGUCUACGAUACAGAUAUCGUCUCCCCUUUAAUCUCAACGAUCCAAGACCUUUUCUCGAACUACGGGGUUAACAAGUUCAUUACUGCCGCGACGUUUCGGAAUGAGAAUACCUUCCGGACUUUCUUUGAUGCGUGUGAACUGAAUGCAUUCAGGUUUGAGAAGUUGCCCUUUGAGUCUGCGGCAGAGGAGGAACAGACUGGGUUCUUCCAUUCGACGAGUUUUCCGAUUCGUACGUAUUUGAUUUCAAAGGCGUGA